AAGGUAAAACCCUCCCUCACCUAUUGAAGGAAAAAGAACGUAGUAAGCAAAAAUUCUUUUGCGUCUCUUCUUCUACUGUUCCUUCCACAGAUUUCCCAUCCUCUUCUGUAAAUUAGGGUUUUUCAAUCUCUCUUUCACCGUCUGGGCUCUUCUAAUGAUAAAUAAUGUAUUUCUUAUGCAGGAAAGUUUGCAAAGGAAGCGCUCUUACUUCAUUCUGAAUGCCCAUGAUGCAGGAUUUAUAGAAGUAACUGUCCAAUAUUCAAUUGACUCAGCACUGCACUUGAGGUAGAGGUUGUAGCAAUUGUUGCCACUUGUGGGCUGCAAUGGAUGAUGGUGGGCAUCGUGAAAAUGGAAGGCAUAAAGCAGAUCAGUAUAAAACAGCACAGGGUCAGUGGUUGAUCCAAGCUCAGCCUUCAAUGAAACAGAUCAUGGCCAUCAUGGCUGAAAGAGAUGCUGCUAUUCAUGAGAGAAAUAUGGCUAUUUCGGAAAAGAAAGCAGCUAUUGCGGAGCGUGAUAUGGCAUUCCUUCAGCGAGACUCAGCCAUUGCUGAGAGAAAUAAUGCCAUAAUGGAACGAGAUAAUGCUAUAGCCGCUCUUCAAUAUCGAGAGAACUCCAUGGCAAGUGCUAAUGUGUCCUCUUGUCCGCCAGGAUUCUCACGUGGGGUGAAGCAUAUGCACCACCCACAGCAGCAUGCUCAUCAUGUGCCCCACUCAAAUGAAGCUUCAUAUGGUACUAGGGAAAUGCAGACAAACGACACUCUCCCAAUGUCACCUGUUGGUUCUGAGGCUGCAAAGUCACGGCGUGGUAAACGAUCCAAAGAUGCCAAAGAUGCCAAGGUGAUGCCACCUAACAAAAAGACUUCCAAAUCUCCAAGGAAAGUUAAGAGGGAGAAUGAAGACUUGGACAAAAUCAUGUUUGGCAAAUCACAUGAGUGGAAGAAUGAGCAGGAUAUGGCUGGUGAGGGUGAUGAUUUGAAUAAGCAGUUGGUUGCCUCUAAGUCUGAUUGGAAAGGUCAAGAUUUGGGGUUGAACCAGAUUGCAUUUGAUGAGUCGACCAUGCCUGCACCAGUAUGCUCUUGCACUGGAGUGUUUAGGCAGUGCUAUAAAUGGGGAAGUGGUGGAUGGCAGUCUUCAUGUUGCACAACCGCUCUAUCCAUGUAUCCAUUGCCUGCUGUGCCAAAUAAGCGGCACGCCCGUGUGGGUGGAAGAAAGAUGAGUGGAAGUGCUUUCAGCAAACUACUUAGCCGGCUUGCCGCUGAAGGCUAUGACCUCUCAAAUCCAGUUGAUCUCAAGGACCACUGGGCCAAGCAUGGGACUAAUCGCUACAUCACAAUCAAGUAGAAGAAUUUCGAAUUGAGUGGAUAGAAAAUAUAGAAAUGGCAUGUAGUCUUAAGAUAUGCUGUAUGUAUCCUCAAUUUUUCAUAUUUGCUGUCGGAUAAAAUAAUAAUAAUUUGAUAACAGGCACAAGCAACGGUAUCAGGUAGUUGUAUUGAAGUGGGGUGUAUUUGAGUAGUUUAUCCUUGUAACACUAGUUAAUUGUGAGGGGUCUCGUUAGUGUUGGGCAAUUAGAAGUGUUAAUUUACAAUAGAAUGGCGCCAUGUAGGCAUACGAAAGUUUUGAUCA